AGUUCCUUGCGCGUGGAGGUGUUAUGUGGAUGUGCAGUACACGUGUUUCGUCUGACAGCACCGUGAAUGGCUUACGUCUCCUUCGAUUAGUGUUUAGGAGCGAACGAAAAUAUGAGUCGCUAUUUCACAGUACAAGAAGAUACAUCUGAAGAAAUAAGUCAUCCAUUGGCAAACGCAGAUGACACCAGUAAGAGAACCGUGACUAAACACGGGAAAAAAAAGGAUCAGAUGGUGAAACAUACAGCAAAAAAACUGAAGACUGUUACCACAUCUCCUGCCGAUGAGAAUACAGCUGCAAAGUACAAACGUUCGAGCCAUUUGACACUCAAAGGAAUCAAAACACGUGUUCAGCGCAAAAAGAUCCAAGCUGAUGUCAAGAAAGUGAGGAAGUCAGUGCUUCAAGCAGCCCGUGCAGAAUUACUGCUACCCGAAGAUGUUGGGUAUCUGCAGGCUGAUGAUGGGGAAGAAACAUUUCAGCUUUUGCAGAAAGACAUUGCAGACGCUGUAGACAUUACCAGCUGUACAAAAUAUUUUGAUCUCAAUCUACCACAGUUUGGGCCAUAUUCAAUUAACUACUCAAGGGAAAGCCGGCACCUGUUGCUGGGUGGUGGUCGGGGUCAUGUGGCAGCGCUGGACUGGGUCACCAAGCGCCUUCUCUGCGAGACCAAUGUGAUGGAAUCAGUGCAUGCCGUCCAGUGGCUGCACAUGCCCACCAUGUUUGCUGUGGCACAGAAGUCCUGGACAUACAUCUACGACAGCCAAGGAGUUGAACUGCACUGCCUCAAAGCCCUGGACAGUGUGCUACGCAUGACCUUUCUGCCAUACCACUUCUUACUUGUCACAGCUAGUGAGAAAGGUUAUCUUUCUUGGCUGGAUACGUCCAUAGGCCAGAUGGUCGCUCAAUUCAAUGCAAAGUCUGGCCGGCUGAAUGUUAUGAAGCAGAAUCCAUACAACGCUGUCGUCCUAACGGGCCACACAAAUGGUGUUGUAAAGAUGUGGUCUCCAAACAUGAGGGAACCAGCUGUGACUAUGCUUUGUGCUAAGGCACCUGUUCGAGACCUCGCUGUGGACCAGCGUGGCCUGUACCUUGCAACUGUUGCUGCUGACAGGACAUUGAAAAUCUGGGAUGUCAGGACAUUCAAGACACUGCAAGCCUACAAACUUCAAGCUGGUCCAGGCCAUGUCACUUUCAGUCAAAAAGAGAUGGUUGCCUUAUCACUUGGAAGCUAUGUGGAGGUAUACAAAGACUGCUGCCGCAGAACAGUCAGUUCUCCCUACCUGCGCCACAAGGCCCCUGGCACAGUGUCUUCAUUGGAGUUCUGUCCUUAUGAAGAUGUGCUUGGGAUCGGACACCAGAGAGGCUUCACCAGCAUCCUUGUUCCAGGCUCUGGAGAGCCGAACUUUGAUGCACUUGAAAGCAACCCAUACAUGACGAAGCAGCAACGAAGAGAAAUGGAAGUGAAGGCUCUGCUAGAAAAGGUGCAGCCAGAGCUCAUCUGCUUGGAUCCCAAGCGUCUUGGCAAGGUGAACGUAGAAAGGAUGCAAGAGAAAGUGGAUGAAGCCAACAAAAAAUUGUGGGUGAAGCCAAGAACUAUUGACUACACUCCCAAAGUUGGAAAGAAGUCUGCCAAAGUCAAGCAGGCACUGAAAGACCAGCACACAAAGGAACACGUGAAGCGGCUGCGGCAAGAGAAGAAGGCCGAGACGAGAAAAUUGAAGGACAGGAGCUCAAGGGAUGUCCUGGACCGCUUCAAGCCAAAAUAAUUUAAUAGCUACACCAUUUGUACAAAUAAAAUUUUUUAUUGUAUGUA